AAAGUGGGAGCGAGAGAGUAUCAGAGAAAGAGAGAGAGAGGGAGAGAGAGAUGGAGGGGGAGGCGGUGGUUGGUUGGCAUUUUGAAAAAACAAAUGAGGAAAGAAGAAGCCUGAUGGGAAGCACCGCGGAGGAAAAACAAAGACGCCUGUGAGGUUUUUUCUGUUUGCGUCAGGAUGACCGUCACAUAUUCCAGUAAAGUAGCAAACGCCACCUUCUUCAGCUUCCACCGGCUGCUGCUGCGCUGGAGAGGAAGCAUCUACAAGCUGCUGUAUCGAGAGUUCAUCCUGUUCGCUCUGCUCUACACCGUGCUGAGCGUCGUAUACAGGACCGUCCUCUCCGACCAGCAGAAGAGGUUGUUCGAGAAACUCUCCAUGUACUGUGAUAAAUACGCAGAACAGAUUCCCGUCACCUUCGUUCUGGGUUUUUAUGUGACGCUGGUGGUGAAUCGAUGGUGGAAUCAGUUUGUUAAUCUGCCCUGGACAGACCGACUCAUGUUCCUCAUCUCCAGCUGUGUUCAGGGUAAAGAUGAAUAUGGCCGCCUGCUGCGCCGGACGCUAAUACGCUACGUUAACCUCACAUCGCUCCUCAUCUUCCGCUCCGUCAGCACGGCCGUCUGCAAACGCUUCCCGACCAUGGACCACGUGGUCGAGGCCGGUUUUAUGACUCUGGAGGAAAGGAAGGUGUUUGACAACAUCCGCUCUCCUCACCUGAAGUACUGGAUUCCUGUUGUCUGGUUCUCCAACUUGGCGUCUAAAGCUCGACAGGAAGGACGCAUCCAAGACAGCAUCGACCUGCAGAACAUUCUCAAUGAGAUGAAUCUGUUCAGGACUUGGUGCGCGACUCUUUUUGGCUAUGACUGGGUCGGCAUCCCGCUGGUUUACACACAGGUCGUCACUCUGGCCGUCUACACCUUUUUCUUCGCUUGUCUGAUUGGUCGUCAGUUCCUUGACCCCGACCAAGGUUACCAAGGCCACGACCUCGACCUCUAUGUCCCCGUCUUCACCCUGCUGCAGUUUUUUUUCUACUCCGGCUGGCUGAAGGUAGCGGAGCAGCUGAUUAACCCGUUCGGAGAGGACGACGAUGACUUUGAAGCUAACUGGAUCAUCGACAGGAACCUUCAGGUGUCUCUGCUGGCUGUAGAUGAGAUGCACAUGAACCUGCCUCAUAUGACUAAAGACAUGUACUGGAAUGACAGCGAGGCACGUCCUCCGUACACGCUGGCUGCUGCUGACUACUGCAUCCCUUCAUUCCUUGGCUCCACCACUGACAUGGGACUGUCUGAUAUCCUGCAGUUCGAUGAUGCUGAUGUUUGCGACAAUCGUCCACGGCAUCAGGACCCUAUUUUUGCUUCACGCCAAGAAUCGGUUCUAGGUCGAGUUCGCCGGCUGCUGAGUGUUCAAGAGCCUCCAGACCUCCGACCUCCUCGACCCAUCUUCAAACGACACAGCAGUGAUGCAACAGGAAGCUUCUUCCCAGACUUCAGGGUCCAUCCACGUCCAGAGGACGUGGGUCCACCAUCUUCCUUGGUCAUGCCCCCCUCUGCCAUGGACACCCUGUCCACCUUAAGGGAGGUCAGCAGCAACCCUCCAUCCCCUGAAAGCUCACCCUCUUCUGUUUUCCCCCGGCUGGUCGUCAGUCCGCCGUUGUCCGGUGACGUCUGUCACACCAUGGAUUCUUCUGGCAAUGGUGAAGCAGCAAAACUUCAGAAUGGACUGGAUCCCUCCCCCACUGAGGAGACACUGAGCUUGGAUACCCAAAGGACCGGUUCCUCAGUCUGUUACUCCCCCACCCAGCUGGGACCCAAGGAAUUUCGCUGGACAACACAACAUGUCCAGAAUCGCCCACCAAUACGGCCACGGGGACGCCAGUUCUCCCUCCAGUUCUCCAGGCAGUCGUCAAAAGGGUCGGUUCGCAGCCUACCUAGCCCCAAGGCUCUUGGAAGGCGAAGACGAGGCCUGGCUCGAUUCCAAUCCCGACGAUCACCUGGUCCAACUACGGACACUCUGCAGCUCCCUGACGAGUACGACCACGAAUUCCAGGGAAUGGCAGGGACCGAGGACGACGACAAAGAAGGAACCAACAACAGCAAAAACCCAGACUCCGAAUCACAGAGCUUGGAAAAAAAUGAGAACAACUCACAGUAACAUAAUAUUGCUCAAACAGAGCCAAUCUCUCAUCAAUCAAAAAGUUGAUUUGAACCAAGAAAUGCUUAGUAAACUCUGGCUCCUUAAGUGGUCUUUUGAACACUGGAGUUACAGCUUUGUCACUGGAGACAAACCCAAACCCUAAGAUGGUACUGCAAAGAACACAAAAGAUACAAAAGAAUCUGAAUACUGGUAAUCAACUCUUAAGCUUAAAAAACGGGCAACUUGGGCAAAGGUGGUAAAACCAAGCAAUGACUGCCACAAAUGAGGGUGAUAUAUUUCUUUUAUUUUCUUAAUAGAAGAAUAACUCACAUUAAAAGAAGUGAAAACAGCCACCAAGAGCUGAACCUGUUCUGGAAGAACGUUCUAAAGAAACGUUGGCGGUGUUCGCACUCACUUCAAUUCAGUCAACGUUUUCUAGGAUGCCAUCUAGUGGCCAUUAGAGGAACUGCAGCUGAACAAACUUCAGCUUUGGCUCCAACUGUGGUGACUUCUGAUAAAAUCAAGUACUCAGGAUUACUGACUGGACUUUAGAGGUUUCUAGAAGAAACUCUUUUCUAGCACAGAAUCUUCUGUCUUCAUGUGAUAACAGUUACUGUUUAUUUGUCUGUUUUUGUAAAUGUAACUAAAGUAAUGAUUAUACAGUAUCUGUUGCUGCUGCUGAAUCACCAAAAACUGUACUUUUUUAAAUAAAAAGUUGUGACUGACUUGUA